AAAGAGCCGACUGGUGAGUGGUGAAAGGCCACAAGCGAGAAACAUUAUAUAUAGAGACUAGAGGAGCAUUGUGAGUGGCGGCGGCUCUAGCUAAUUAGCUAUAAAAGGGUACGGUGUUGUUUAUUAGCACAGGCGAUCAGUACCAUCAAGCGAGCAUUUCGCAAUUCAUCUGCAAGAAUUUGAGGAAAAAAUGUUCCUCGCUGUGGAAGUGUGGUGAAGAACUAAUAAUAUCGUCAGUUUUGGCUACAGCAUGGAGGAGGACUCCGGCCUGUUCAUGCAGUGGGCGAUGACUACGCUGCAGCACGAUGAUGAAGACCUGGGGGUGGACCACAUCGACAACAACGGCCGCGACGAGGCUACCUUUCCCUCGCUCCGAGCACUACGCGAGGCCUCGCAAGCUGCAGAAAUGAUCCAGGAGCUGAUCGGGGAACCUCACGCCGCAAACAGCCGCUGCUCCGGCGGCGACGGGGACACCACCGGUGGUGGCACCGCAAGCAGUAUCUCAGGAACCGCGCCAAGAAACAGCAGCAGCAGCAGUGCCACAAUCCAGCCCGUGGGCUGGAAUUUUGGCGCCGCCCCCGCACCGCCUGGCCGCGACGGCGUGCCUGCGGUCUCUGCCACGGGCAGCCUGCUGCCAGAUCUGGUGUACGGUUCGCCGCCGACGAGAAGGGCAGCCGUCUUAAAGAGCGUGGGAUCCAUCUAUGCGCAGGACCACAUCAUCGCGGAGAGGAAGCGGCGGGAGAAGAUCAACCAGCGCUUCAUCGAGCUCUCCACCGUCAUCCCCGGCCUCAAGAAGAUGGACAAGGGUACAAUCCUUUCUGACGCGACGAGAUACGUGAAGGAGCUCCAAGAAAAGCUCAAGGCGCUUGAAGACGGCGGCAGUGGCAGUAACGACCGGAGCAUCGAAUCCUGGGUGCUCGUCAAGAAGCCGUGCAUCGUAGUGCCCGGCGAGGACGCUGGCUCCCCAUCGUGGGAUUCGUCGGGGGCGUCGCCGGCGACGAAUCCGUUGCCGGAGAUAGAAGCCCGGUUCUUAAACAAGAACGUGAUGGUGAGAAUCCAUUGCAUGGAUGGCAAGGGUGUGGUCGUGAGGGUACUCGCCGAGUUGGAGGAGCUCCCCCUUAGCAUCGUCCACGCCAAUGUCAUGUCAUUCCAGGCUUGCACUUUGAUCAUAACCAUCACGGCGAAGGUGGACGAAGGAUUCACAGUCACGGCGGAGGAGAUCGUUGGCAGACUCAAGUCUGCUGCAAUACUGCUCCAGCAAAGCCGCUGCAAUAGCGCUGAAGAAACUGCAUGAAAUAAUUCAUAUAAAUUUAAGGCAGCAAAAGCCUGAGCGAGUAUUUAUACAAGCGCAUAUAUAUAUAAACUGAUAAACAUACGGUAUGAAACGUCGGACAAUUUAUCAUUAUUGUAUGCGUCAGUAUUUUUUUCCUUUUUAAUGUUCUGAAUAAGGAAUUUGUGGCUUUUGUGGAGAUGACGGUCUCUCCUC